CCUGUCACCAGGGCUUCGGAGGGCCCUACGCCAACCCCAUACCUCCAGGUGGUAUCGCCCUGGCGGCCAUGGCCACUGCCGAGAUGGCUGUGGCCGCCUCAUCAUCAUCAGCUGGUGGAGCAGGAGCAGCAGCAGCGUCAAAACGAGGCGUGGUGGGCAACGCCGCUCUCCCCAUGAUGGCGGAUGCAGCUGCCGUUAGCGCCAGCAGCAGCAACGGUGACAACAGCGGGGCUGCUGCUGCUCCAGCUGCUGCGGCACUUCGCCAGCAAUCAAACUUCAUUGUUACGCCCCUGUUCGCUGUGGUCUCCAGGACCAUCACAACCACCAGCACCACCGCCGCCGCCGGCGCUGCUUCGGACGACACAGCAGCGGCGGCAGCGGAGGUAACCUUCACUGCUCCUCCCAACCUGGGUACCUUUGUUGUGCGAGCCUUCGCCGUCGUUGCCCCUGCUGCUGCUGCUGCCGAUGCCGCCAAUCCAGACAAAGCAGCAGCAGCACCUCCAUCCGAUGCCGCCUCGUCCCCCGUGCUGCCAGUGGUGCGACCCGUCGUACGGUACGGAUCUGCUGAGACGCGGAUUGCCGUACGGCGGCGUGUUUCGCUGACACCCUCCGUCCCCCGACUUGUGCGGGUGGGGGAUGUGUUUGAGGCGGGGGUGGUGCUGACGGUGGGAUCGGUGCCGGCGGAGGUGAUGGUGGAGGUCAAGGUGGAGGAUGCAGCGGGCAGCGCGAGGGGGCGUGGCAGCCCCCUCCGCCUGCUGCCCUCCACAUCCCAAUCCGCCCACGACAACCCCGCCAGCAGCAGCAGCUCCCAGAGCAAGACGGUUGCGUUCACAACCGCUACCGGCCUCCAACAGGAGGUCCGCUUCUCCUUCUCCGCUGCAGCCGUGGGCUCCGCCAACCUCACCUUCUCCGCUGCUGCUGCGGAAGAGGGCAGCACUGUAGACAGGGGCGGAGGAGCAGGAGGUGGGGCAGCAGGAGACGCACUGCAGGUGCAGCUGUCCGUGGAAGGUCAGCAAGGGCCUGUGUGGGUGGCCACCUCCUUCACCCUCUCCGCAACCUCUCACAACAACACCGUCACCUACAGCAACAGUACCAGCAGCAGCAGCAGCAGCGCCCCAGCUGCUGCUGCUGCGGGCUGGCAGGAGGGGCUGGUGCUGCCCCAGGCGGUGCCGGGGAGUGGCGGCCUCACCCUCACUGCCGGCGUGGGCCACUUCCCCGCCGUGUCAACAGUCCUCGACAACCUCCUGCUGCUGCAGAACCAGCAAGCAGACCCCAAGUCGUCAACCUCCUCCCUCUCUUCCUCCCUCUCCUCCCCAUCCUCCCCCUCCUCCUCCUACGUCACCGCACAGCCCGCCAUGCUGUGGGUCACGAUGCCUGCCGUACUGUCGUACUACGGUCAACUCGACUCGUACAUUAACAACAACAAGAACAACACCAGCAGCAACAGCAGUAGCACCGAUAUCACCACCAGCAGCGGCAAUACCAGCAGCAGCAGCCCCACCAACCCAACCGCGGCGGCUGCUGCCUCCUACUCAGCGGUGCUCUCCUCCUUCCAGGUUCUCCGCUCGCUCACUCGCCCGGUGGUGGGACUGCUGGCCUGCGACCCCGCCCGCUGGGGCACCUGGCAGCCAACUCGUACCGACAUGGGGCUCAACAGCUGGGCCCUCUUCCUGGCGCACCUGCACGGACCCGCCUUGACACCUCUGCUGCCCAACUCCUCCUCCUCCUCCUCCUCCUCCCCCGCCUCCUCCCCCACCUCCUCCUCAUCCUCAUUAGCCUCCUCCUGGCAGCAGCUGCACUCCCAGACGCUGCCGGUGUGGCGGGGGGCGGUGGAGCGGCAGCUGCUGGAGGAUGCCAGGGAGGCCUGGAGGGGGGCGGCGGGGAACAGCGGGGGCAGCGGUAACAGCAGCGGCAGCGGCCGCUACCGGGAUUGGAACACGCUUGUAUGGGCGCGGCUGGUUCUGGGCCCCGACUGGUCUCCUCCCGCAGGCACCCUGCCGGACGUGGCGGCAGACCUGUCGCUGUCCGCCCUCGUGAGGAACAAGGACGACAUGGGGCGCCAGACUCGUAUCGUGGUAGCGUUACUGCUGCAGCAGCUGCUGCAGACCCGCGGGUCAGCUGCGGCCGAGCAGCAGCUGCAGCAGCAGCAGCUGGAGGUGCUUCAGGAGGUUCUUCAGGAGGUGGUGGGGUCGCUGCGGGUGCAGGGGCGCACGGCGUAUGUGGCGGCGGGGCAGGGCUCCCCCUCGCCCCUGCCGCUGUCCGACCAGGCGCUCGGCCUGCUGCUGCUCACACGCGCAGCAGCAGCAGCCUCCCCCACCUCCACCUCCACCUCCUCCACUGCCUCCCUCAACAGCUCCUCCUCCUCCGCCAUCACCUCCCCCAUCACCUCCCCCAUCACCUCCCCCAUCACCUCCACCUCCCUGCGGCCGCUGCUGCCCCGGCUGGCUGCCUACGUGGCUAGCCCCGCACCGCCGCCACCGGGAGGUGGAGGCGCCCCCCUCCCGUGGGCCGCCUCCCUGGUCCGCCCGCCCUCCUGGCAGGCGCAGGGCCUGGUGCUGGCGGCGCUGUCGCAGUACGACAGGCAGUACGGCAGCGCUCAGCCGCAGCUGGGGAUGUCGGCGGAGGUGAACGGAGCUGUGGUGAUGCAGGCUUCCUUCCAGGCAGCCAACCGCAGCACCUCCUCCACUCCCUCCUCCUCCCCCUCCUGGCAACCCGUCAGCCGCACCAUUGCCUGGGAGGAGCUGCGGCCGCCUCCCGCACCAGGCAACACCUCACGACUGGACUUCCAGGUAUCAGGCAGCGGUGAAGUGUCCCUCACCGCCUCCAUGCGCUUCGUGCCCGCCCGCCCGCCCCCCUCGCCCACCUACCGCGGCCUAUACGUGGCAGCGGCACUGCAGCUGGUCGACCCGCUCUCCGGCGGACCCAUGGGUCGGCCCCUGGUCGCGGUGCCACUCGGCUCGCUGGUCGCAUACACCGUGCAGGUUACCAGCCCGGACGAUCUGGGCGCGGUAACGGUGGCCGUUAUGAUGCCCGGCGGUUUGGAACCGUUGGAUCCUAACCUCCCGGGUGGCACGAUGGGAGUUGGGAGCGGUUGGAUGAGUUGUGGGGAGAGCUGGGUUGAGAGCUCGGCUUGGAGCCGUGUCUUCCGCUGGUGGUGGUGGCCAAUGUGUCCUGCUCAGGAAACCCGACCGGCGUUAGUCACGCUGUCGUACGCCGCCUUGCGGGCGGGUACGUCGUCGGUUACGAUCCGGGCGGUUGCGGCGACGGUUGGGACGUUUGUCGUACCGCCCAUUCGGGCUUACGCGGACGCACAGCCGGAGCUGAUGGGGAUGACGGCGGCGGGGGCGAUCAAGAUUUGUGAUGGGGCUGGCAGCGGCGGAG